AUGGCCACCGCCGGGCUUCUGGCCAAGCUCUCUGAAAUCCAGGAGCAGCAGACUACGUCUUCUUCCCACAUACAGCUUCUUCGAGACCAGCACCGCGAGUGGCAGCGGUCGGUGGAUGAGCUUCUCGCGGACAUUCGGAGCCAAGCAGAGGGCGCUCCACUGGUGCCGGCUCCCCCAGCGGUUCAGGAGGCUCGUGAGAAGCAGAAGGACACCGAUCCUGCUUCAAAUGAAGACAACGAGGAAGGAAACGACGAGCCAAACAGGGCAUCCAUAUCCUUCAGCAGAAGGUCAAUGAGCACGGAGUCUUUGUUGAGGUCUCGGAACACCGUUGCCCAGAACUUCCCGGCAGGGCCAUUGCGCAAGCUCGUCACCGAGGUGUUGAACGAUAGCAAGGCAGCCCCCAAAGAGCUCUCGUGGCUGGGCCGCCUCCGCGCCAAGGCAGCUGGUAUCGUCCAGUCCUCGUGGUUUGAGUUCGGCGCCGGGGUGAUCAUCCUCCUGAACCUGGUGACGAUCGGCAUCGAAGCUCAGCUCUCCUUGCACAGCGGCGAGACCUACACCGGCAACUUCUGGCCUGGAGGCGUGGAGAGGAUCUUCCUCGCUAUCUACAGCGUCGAGGCGCUGCUGCGCCUGGUCGCUGGCGGCCUGAUGAUCUUCCUAGACCUCUGGUUCCUGUUGGAUGUGGCCCUGGUCAUCGUUGGGUUGCUUGCGCUCCUGAUUGUGCCGGCUGUCGCUGGCAAUUCUGGGGACAUCGAUGGCUUCGAGAGACUGCUCGUUGUGCGAGGCCUGCGCUUGUUUCGACUCGUCCGAGCCUGGCGGAUGCUGCGGCACUUCAAGAUUGUGUGGCGGCUCAUCUACGGGCUGAUGAAUGCAGGGCAGACGAUCAUCUCCACCACUAUGUUGAUCAUGGUCUCCUUGUUCAUCUUCGCUUGCGUCGCCGUGGAGGUCAUCGCGAAGGAUGAGUACUUGGCUCGUGCUGAGGCUACCGCCGAGAUCGUGGAGAAGCAGUUCUUCGGCCUGAAUCGGGCGAUGGUGACCCUGAUGCAGUUCGUAACGCUCGACAACCUCUCGGACGUGUACUACCCGCUCAUCAUGACCAGACCCUGGCUUUGUUUGUACUUCUUUCCUAUUCUGGUCUUCAUCUCGAUUGGCCUGAUGAAUUUGGUCACGGCAGCCCUCGUGGAAAACGCAAUGCAAACGGCAGCACACGAAGCUGAAGAGGAACGCCUGAAGUUGAAGAAGAGGGUGCGGGGUGCCUUACCCUCGCUGAUCGAGAUCUUUCACGCCUUGGACACGGACCGUAGUGGGCUUCUGACGCAUGAGGAGGUGGUAAACGUGCCGUUAGAUGUCCUGCCUCCAAGGGUCCUUGAUGCCAUCUAUGUGGAAAGCAUGGCAGACAUCUUUGACUACUUGGAUGUGGACGGAACAGGGCAGCUUUCACAAAUGGAGUUUGUUGAGGGACUGUUGAAUCUUUGCUUGAUGGACAUGCCCAUCUCCACCAUCCAGUCGCUGAAGCUUCUGCAGUUGAUCCGUGGCUUGUUGGGCAAAGUCGACCAGGACAUAACGUCGCUGAAGGCACACGUUCAAGCAAUCGGUCAGGAAGUGCUCUCGAAGCUGUCAGAGGUCUUGGAACAGCAGCAAACGUCUUCCACUAACCUCAAGAUCUUGCAGAACCAGCUUCGGGAGUGGCGGCUCUCGGUGGAUGCACUGCUCGGCAUCCACAGUCAGACCUCUGGCGCACCUCGAGGGCCCCUCCAGCACCAGGCACCGGCUGUGCCGGCCACGUCCAAGACGCGUGCCUCCGUGCAGAUCCACUUUCGUACCCCUGAGAUCGCCAGGGCAUUCGGCUCAGACGCCGAUAGCGAUAUGAUCACGGACUCCGUCAUGCUGAACGAGACAGCUGCACGCAGAACGGGCCCGAUUGGAGACAUAAUGGAGCUACCCAGCCCCAUUGAUGACAGCGAUGGAGUGGGGCAUCGCAAGUCCUUGAGCUCGCAGUCCUUGCUCCAGCCCCGGAAGUCCGUCGUCCAAAACCUUCCCACCGGACCGCUGCGGAAGUUGGUGUCGGAGGUGCUUCAUGAUGCCGAGGUGACAACCCAGAAGCUCUCGCGAAUAGAGGCAUUUCGCCAGACCGUCGGCGCGAUUGUCAAUUCGAGCCUUUUCGAGUUUGUUGCGGGCAUUAUCAUUCUUUUGAACUUGAUCUUCAUCGGCAUCGAGGCCCAGGUCUCUUUGCAGACCGGCGAGGUCUAUGCAGAGAAUUUCUGGCCUGGAGGCGUUGAGCGGAUCUUCCUCGUGCUUUACACCAUCGAAGCGGCGCUGCGCGUCACCGGCUUGGGCUGUGCGGCCUUCAAAGACUUGUGGUUCUUGAUGGACCUUACACUGAUGAUGAUCGGGGCUUUGGCACUGGAGAUCGUCCCUCGGGUGAGCGGAGGCCGGGAACGGAGGCCGAAAGCUUCUACUCAGUGCUGGUGGUGCGAGGCUUUCGUUUGUUCAGGUUAG